AUGAGCAACAAUCGUGGUAAUGAGGAUAUGUUUAAACCUGUCGGCGAGGCCGCAGAGGAGUUUUCAAACCAAAAUUCUGGUGUUACCAACACAGGGGCAUCAGAUGCACAAGGUCAUCCCGUCCAAGAUAUUGAAUCAUUGUGUAUGAAUUGUCAUGAAAACGGUACGACGAGGCUAUUGUUGACUUCGAUACCUUAUUUUAGGGAGGUGGUCCUUAUGUCCUUUGAGUGUCCUCACUGUGGAUUGAAGAACUCUGAAAUUCAACCUGCUAGUGAAAUACAACAGAAGGGAGCUAAAUAUAAGUUGAAAAUUGAGUCCAAGGAGGACUUUAACAGACAAGUUGUGAAGUCCGAGACCGCUGUGUGUAACUUUUUGGAGCUUGGUGUGGAAAUUCCCGCCAAGAGAGGCCAAUUGACCACCGUGGAAGGCUUGCUUUCCGAUAUGGUCGAGGGUCUUUCUUCUGACCAAGAGGCUAGAAAAGCUGUUGAUGAAGAAAUGUACCAGAAAAUUGAAGCUUUUAUUUCUAAAGUGAGGAAAACUAUCGCAUGUGAAGAGGGCACAUUGCCCUUGACAUUUACUUUGGACGAUCCCGCCGGUAACUCUUGGAUAGAGUAUAAGCCAGGUGAGUUAUCACACAAGUGGUCUCAGAUCGAGUAUGUGAGGUCAGAUGAGCAAAAUGUUGUAGUUGGUAUUUUAAGCAAGGACCAGUUAGAGGAACGUCGUCAGAAGGAGCGUGAGGAGCUUUCUGAGCGUGAAAGAAACCCAUCGCAAGCCAAGAAAGAGAUAUUCCUCUCCGAUGCUACAGACAUUGAGAACUACCGUAAUGAGGUUCAAACAUUUACUGCUACAUGCUCCUCGUGUGUGCAGGAAUGUGACACACAUAUGAAGGCUGUCAACAUACCCCAUUUUAAAGAGGUAAUCAUCAUGUCUACAGUAUGUCACCAUUGUGGCUACAAAUCAAAUGAAGUGAAAACUGGCGGUGAAAUACCGGCCAAGGGAAGAAGGAUCACAUUACUAUGUGAGGACCCAGAAGAUUUGUCUCGUGACAUUCUAAAGUCAGAAACAUGUACUAUGAGUAUCCCAGAACUCAAUUUAGAUAUACAACAGGGUACUCUAGGUGGAAGAUUCACUACAAUUGAGGGAAUAUUAACCCAAGUCCAUGAAGAACUUGAGUCCCGAGUAUUUUCGCAGACUUCCGAUUCAAUGGACGAAGCAACCAAAAACCGCUGGGUUUCGUUCUUCGAUGGCUUGAAGGCUGCAUUAGCUGGUAAAAUUAAGUUUACUCUCAUCAUGGAAGAUCCAUUAGCUGGCUCGUACAUUCAAAAUGUGUAUGCACCUGAUGCCGAUCCUAAUAUGAAAAUUGAAGACUACGAAAGAACUGAUGAACAAAAUGACGAUUUAGGGAUAACUGAUAUGGAUGUUGGCCAAGAGUAA